AUGCUUUUAUGUUCUUUAGUUCCAGACAUGACCGCAAGAAUAGUUUUCCGUAUCUUCGUUCUGGCUCUCCUGCUCCACAGCGCAGUAACUCAAAAAUGUCCUGCAGGUGGUAGAUCCGAGAGCUCCAUUGUGGGCUGGAUGUUACGAGGACACGUAUACGACACUCUUCUCGCUGAACUUCCGUUUACGUGCGUAUUCAAGUGUCGAGAAGACAAUCGAUGCCAAAGUUUUAACUGGGUUAUAUCUCUUCUUACGUGCGAGUUUAACAACAGGACAAAGGAAGCCAGGCCUGAAGACUUCAUUCCAAGCCAAGACAGAUCUUACUAUCGACGCGAUUUACAACGAGGUAAGCCAUUAUUAAGUACCGGGAGUACGGUACUCUUAUAUAUAAAAGAGCGAAGAAAUUUCAAUGUUUGAAGUAUAUGAAAGGCUAGGAAAAUUAGUCAUCUCUUCAGGCCUAUAAAAUGACCUAAAAGAGCUAACAGAUGCAUUUUAUGGAUGAGAAAAACCCGACGGAAAUUUUUCUAGUUUUGUGCUUAUUCAUGUUUAAAAGACAGAUCAUUUACAGAAGUUAAGAGGGAUGCAAAAUUAUCAUAAAAUGCCACGUUAAAGACCACCCCCAACUACUACGACACCCAGCAAACACACGAAAAGCUCACUCCAGAGCUGAGCAACACAGCACAAUGCGCCCUAGUCUGGCACGAGUGACACAACAGUAACUCUUGGUAAGUAAGACUGCCGACAUAUUGACGUAGUUAAAGCCCCCCCCCCCCGUUUUAAGCCCAUCCAUUUGCUAACGAAGAUAUUUUUCUGGAUAUAAGCCCCCCCCGGAUAUAAGCCCAUUUUAUGUAUAAGCGCGUUUUGUAAAACAGUAGCCACUUGAAACUACGGAAUUGUGAUUGAAAUACAAAUAGGAACUUUGUUAAUGCUACCGCGAGGACCGUUUUUUUUUACUUUGGUCGUGUUCCGUUCCAGUUGUUCUAAGGGUUUUGUAGAUGUUUUUGAAGUACAUUCUCCGUUUAUUGUGAUAAAUGUAUUAAAAUGUAACCCUAAAUGUAAUGGUUUAAUGGCAUGUUUGCUUCAAUUCCGUUCAGGUAAACAUUUAAUCCGCUUAUACCCCCUCCCACCCCGGAUAUAAGCCCCUCCCCCUCGUUUAUAAGCCCAUCCAAAACCCCUUCUGAAGUUAUAUAAGCCCAGGGCUUUAACGUAAGGAUUUUACGGUAGUUCUGUACUUGGUAUGUUCAAUAGGUAGCAUUCGUGAAUGGAAGGAAUACGAAAGGGGUACCUUAUUUGUCAGAAGCGUUAUAUAAAAGGGUAAGGGGUUGGACCUCGGGGAGGAACCUCCCUGUAUAAAACUUUGCCGAGUAGCGCCCCGUACAUAAAGUAAAAACCUAUGUAGGGGUAAAGGCAAACUGAUGAUGAAGAAUUGUUUUUUAACCUUUCAGUUCCCCUUGGUUCGAUUCCAGAACUACCAGCUGAGACUUGUGACGAAAUAAAGAGGAGUGAAGGACACGCUGUUAGCGGGGAAUACUGGAUUUCUACUAUAAAAUCUGGUACAUCUGUCUUGGCUUAUUGUAAUAUGGAGACCAACGGUGAGUUUAUAGUCAGUUAUAUAAUCGGAGACUGCCGUUAAGCUGAUUGCGCCCUCUGAUAAGUUACUUUAUGAUUAUUAGACGACUGACGUAAAUGUUUCAUAUUUAGUCACAGAUGCGGCGACUGAGGGGAUGAAAAAUUAACCGGUAGAUUUGAACUGAAAAGACACAGAGAAAAACAGAGAAAUUUUAAGGGGAAAAAGACUCUUGUCACGGAGGAACGAGUGCUGCUCGCGUCACAUGUUAGGGCCUGAUCGAGUAAAUGCCCUUCAAUAAUUUUUUCAUCAAUCAAUAUGUUUCUUGUUCUAGACAUUGACGAAUGUGGUGCUUCUUCUCCUGUAUGCGAAAUCAAUGCCAACUGCUCCAAUACUCGUGGAUCGUAUAUCUGUACCUGCAGGGCAGGAUAUACAGGCGAUGGAAAAACUUGCCAAGGUAGGAUAAAGGUCGAUUUCCUGUGAUAACAACGAAGAUGGCAGAUUCCCAGGGAUUUGUGAAGACCAGUAAAAAUCGGCAAUCCAUCAAAUCUAGUCCGUUUAAUUACGGGCAGUGCAUGACAUCAUGCCUCGAGUUGUACUUCUGUUAUUAGAAACUUUUUGGUUAAAUGUAAGUGUAUACAAAUUCUUUAAAGGGCCGCGCAUUAAGAAUUAAAACGUUUGAUGUCCGUUAUUUACCUGCGAAAAGUAAUGCUGUAGUUACUUAAUAGGCCACCUAGACCAGUAGAAAAGGGAAAAAAAAAAUUAUGAAGCAACAGCACCGGGUACCCCUAGGUUUUUGAAACAGCCUAUAUAGAUAAACUCUGCUUUAGAAGAAUUAUGAGAGAUGUAUAAAAAACGUUGAUGAGUUCAGGCGUGGACAACUCGAUGGCAAAGAAGAAGAAAGCUUUAAGACGUUUUUGUUCCCUGUUGAGGAAAUUCAGACCGUUUUCAACGGGGAUCGAACAAGGUUGAAUAUUUUCAUUAUCAAUUCAUUAUUAUUAUUACCGUAAAAUUCCGAAAAUAAGCCCCUCCAUGUAUAAGCCCCUCCAAAUAUAAGCCCCCAAAAUCGUAACGCAAAAAACCCUCCGUUAAAUCGCCCCUCCGAAUAUAAGCCCCCCGGGGGACUUGUACUUGGAAUUUGCCCUCGAAUACGAAGUAAAACAAAGCAAAAAUGGUAAAUUUCCUUUCCACUAGCUAGCCCAAGCAAAAGCUAGCCCAACUGAUUUUAUAACGCAAAUUUCCAUCCGUACAUAAGCCCCUCCGAAUAUAGGCCCCUCCAAAAAUAAGCCCCUCAAAAAGGGACUUUGAAAAAUAUAAGCCCCGGGGCUUAUUUUCGGAAUUUUACGGUAUUUGAUUUUAUUUUGUUAGCAAGGAGCCUACGAUAGAUCCUUGCGGAACUCCAAUAUGCUUUUUUUUUCUAGACAUUGACGAGUGUAGUGCUUCUCCUCCUCUAUGUGACAUCAAUGCCAACUGCUCCAAUACUCGUGGGUCGUAUAUCUGUACCUGCAGGGCAGGAUAUACAGGCGAUGGAAAAACUUGCCAAGGUAGGAGAAAAUAAUUAGCUAAUCUAAAGGUCAGUUACUUUACUGUUAUAAAAUCAAUUCAAUUAGGGAAGUUUCCUAAGGACGUGUGACAUCAUAGCAUUCAAAGUGGCGGCUAAUGAGAUUGGCAAUCCGCUUUCGUAUCUAGAAUUGUAUGACGUCAUACCUCAUGUUCUGCUUCUACUAGAGCCUAUAACACGGAGCGAGCAACUUCCAUGUACUCUUGUCACGGCGUUUUCACCAAUGACUUUGGCGCGAAUUUAGGCUAUCUUUUAGGUCCCCCAAAGCAGUCAGCAAAAGGAAAAGGCCUGAAAAUGGCAUUUUUGACUUUUAAAUAACUCUGCAUCAUGAGCCGCCACUUAAGAUCAUGCACUACCUCACUUCCGUCCAAAGUGCAAAUGGCGUAAAAUUAAAUCAUCUAGCUCAUAAUAAGGAUUAGAUUUGAAUGAGAAUCUAGGACAUUACAUUCAAACUUAUUUAUGCAUACAUACACUAUUCUAUAAUUUAAUUUAUGCCUACAUUUUAUUGCACAUUUGACCUACUUAUUUUUCUUAAUAUAUAAUUACUUCUUUUAAGAAAUAGUUACUUAAAAGUACCGUUAGCAAUUAUUGACUAAGGCUGAGUAGUAAUCCUUCACAUUAUACGAAACCCUAAUUCAUUCAUUGUUUAUUUUUUAUUCAAAGUAUUUCUUAAUUCUUAUUUAAUAAUUUUACCUCAACGUUUUUCCUUGGAGUGUUCCCCAUCGAGCGAGUUGUUUUACGUAUUAUUGCAAUUCUUCCAUUCAGUUUUAGUUUAAAAUUCAGCUAUUCAGGAUAGUCGUGAACGCCUUUUUUUUUUUUUUCAGAGUUCGCUGGUGAAUAAUCAGCUAGUCGGCCGCGCCUGGACACGGAGUUGAUCGAUACCAUAUUUAGAAGAUGCCAGCAAUAUACCAUCGAUUUGAUGGAAUAUUGCUUCAUCCUCCAAAUAUGAUAUCAUCGGAAAAAGAUGCUACCUGAAUCACCUUUUCUUUUCUCUUCCCUUUUAUCAGUUUUAUCAAAGAGACUGGCUGACUCCGUUAUCUUAGGAGAUAAUGUGCAUCACUUAGCCAAUUUAAGUAAAUGGCUCAAACCAGUCACCCAAAGCGAAUCUUCACAAUGGAAGCGCUGUUGGCGUGCGUCCGUAGAUGGCUGGUCUGCCAGUACUUUUCACAGCCAAUGUGACAACAAAGGACCAACUGUAACGAUAAUAAGAGUCGGAGGGACGUACAUAUUUGGAGGGUACACUAAGCUCUCAUGGAGUGGUAAGUGACCUUAUUUUUAACAGUCUAAACACCAUACAAAGCCGGCUACCUUUUAGUAUCACACCGUGGUUGCGCAUGCUAAGCUGGAUGGAUUGUUGGCGUACGGACCCCCGAUCGGCCCCUCUCCGACGAUACUCUUUACUUACUUUCUCCAUUUUAACAAAACAACGUCUGGGAAUCAGGAUUUUUUGCAAGCCAUGUUAGUUUUGACUUCAUGUUAGUUUCAAGCAUCAAAAAGCUCUAUUAUGAUCAAUGUUUUGGUGGUCUUGCGCCAAGUCGUAGGCCUCAUGCAAUUUAUUCCUCGCGAAGCGAGGCGCGGAGCGCCGAGCGAAGUGAGUUUAUAAUCUCGUCGCGCGCUCUGUGCUUGAACCGCGUGUGGAUCCUAGCGAGCUGCAAACUCGCAGCUCUCAUCUUUACUUGUAUAUAUCCGAUGGUGUGCGCCAUGACGUCAUACUGUAGUUUGACGUCACGGCGCAUUUUUGUUUCUAGGCAACAUUCGAGAGAAAGCGAUUUCGAAUUCUAUCAAUAUCAAUGACCAAAGUAUUCAUGAAGAGCUGCCUUUUCAUCGUCUGCAAAACAAUGUUUACUAUCGGUGAAUCUCAAGCUAUUUCUCGUGCAAACAGAAAAGCAACACAAGAAGUCCGAAUUGUCAAUCCUCCCAGGGGAAGAUUUGACAACGAAAAAAAAAUCCUCAGGAGCGAGAACGCCGACAUGAAAUUCAACGGCCCAAGCAACAAAGAUGGAGACGGCAUCAACAAACAGCGGAGCAGAGGGAACAUCACUCAAUUAAUUUCGAAUGCUAAAGUACUUUAAGAGCAAAUGGAAGCGAUUUUGGAUAAUUAGCCUUAACAUAUGAGCGAACAUCGCGGGAACGAAACACGAUUUGCUCGCAGACGAGCCGUAUCGGCCUAGGCUGUUGGGCUUCCAUUGUUUACAUGGAAAUGCGACGAGAUGCACUUCUUUGGGUUUUCACUGUCGAAACUGCAGUCAUUCCUCUGAUUCACACUUAAUAAGGCUCGAAGGUUUUAAUAAUAAAAUUUCCCUACACCGUCGGGUGUGUUCCACGUGGCCUAGUGGUAAAGGAUUGGCUCAGUGUGUCGGAGGUCCUGAGAUCGAUUCCGGAAGUAACCUUUUUCUUUUCGCUUCUUUUCUUUUCUAUUCGUCUUUUUCUCUUUUUCUUUUCCUUUAGUUUUCAUUUUAGGUAUAACAGUUUUGUCAUGUUUCUAUAUAUAGCUUGCAAUUUUUAGAUUUACAAAUUUUUUUCUCGGCUUACUUGCCGUGACCCCGCAGUGCGAUUUACGUAUUUCUAGUAAUAUUUCGCCACAUCUUCGUCUGAAAGGGGUUUCUCCUGUUAAUGAGUUGGGACCCGGUCGCCUCUUUGAAUUUUUCCCGUGGAAACAAGCACUGCCACUUUUUCGCGUUGUUCUGGAAUUUUGUUGGUUGGUAGCGAAAUAGGUAAAUCUGAGGGUAUCGAGUUAUCGAUGGGCUCCACUGUGACAAUAAAGCAUAUGACGACCUUAGAAGAAUUUAUCUUAAUCAACACUCUCCACCAAUGCCAAAUUGUAUUAACCUUCCCUAGCAAGAUCAUCAACAAUCAGUCAACUUCACUUUAUGUGCAGAAAUUCAGUUACUAUCAAUUACUGAAUAUGACAAGUUGUCUCUUGGCUUUGCUAGCUAUUGUGUAGUUCCUCUCUUGACAUGCCUGUCGGUGAAAACUGUUUGAUGAGGGUUGCACUGUUUUAUGUUUAGAAUGAUGUGAUUAUAAUUGCCCAGGUCUUGCAAGCCUGGCCACCCAUUUUCAUACAGUGAGUAGCACACUGAAAGGACUAGGCAAGGCAUGCAUCUCAUGAAAGCUUGCAUUAGCCAACGUCAGCCUACAUGUCCAUCUCUAAUAUUGAACAUCCAUAUCAUGGUCAAAACAAAGGAAAACCAAAGAAAGGGAAAACUGAAAAAGCAUUUCUUCAAGCACAUUUUAUAAGUGAGAACAUUGAAUGGUAGAUAUGAAUUCAAACAUACAAGGAACCGACAUAUGACACCACAGUCUUUACGGGGAGGGGGAAUCUAUGGAGGAUUGGACGAAGGCCGAAUCCAGUAAUUGUAAAUUAUGCUUAAUUUUAACCAAUCACGCCCUCUAGUUUCCAAUCUAGACUUUUUACUAUCCAUGGCUGUCGUCUUGAGGUCAAUAAGUGCAUCGAACAGCAUUACCGUGAUACAGGCUCACAUUACCAAUAAAUAACAAAAAAGACUUUAUAAUCGACUCAAAAUGCCUAGCCUAUACACACACUGUAAACUAACUGUGAACAGCUAACUAGAUUAAAAAACACACAAACGAACAUACAAACUCGAAAACCCUACCCGCCUCAUUAUUUAUUCUAUGAGUUACACAGGUGACUGUUCUUACAGGUGAGAGUUCUUGGGGGGCUCUCAAUGUCCACUUCUCUCACCUGGUUCUUAAAAGAAGCAAGUGUUUCAGAGCUCUUAAUGCGCAUACUUACUUUGGACCAUAUUAUAGGACCAAUAUAACUAAUACUGUAGUUCCCAGAGGUGGUAGUAUGCAUCCCAGAAUAAUAAAAUUGUCUGAAUUUCUCAGGUUAUAACUUGGUUGGUUAUUAAAUAAAAAACAUCAGAUAUAUACCAAGGGCAUAAAUUAUACUUGACUCUGUACUUAACUAUUGCUAUCUUCCUUAAUACUUUGUCUGAUUUUAAUCAGAUCCUAGUGUUCAAAAGAUCACUGAAAAAUGGCAUCAUGAAAGACUGCUUUCUUUCCAACCAGUCGACUUAGUCUUUAUACAAAAAAAACCUUGAAAGAUUUAGACGCAAGAAAAUUAGUGGGCGUUGACAGCAUUUCUCCUCGAGUUCUAUCGCUGUCUGCUCCGGCAAUAGAAAAAGAAUUGGUCAAGGUCAUUGAUAAAUUUAUUGAGAAACGCGAUUGGAUAUUGGAAUUGAAAAGAACCAAUGUCUCGCCUAUCUUCAAAAACAAUAAUGCAACAGACAAGAAAAACUACAGACCUGUUUCUUUGUUUUGUUUUGUUUUGUUUUUUUCUUUAUUUUUUGCACAAGCACUACUACAUCUAUACCAAUAAAAUACUACUACAAGUACACAAAAUACACUU